AUUUCUGACACACUGAAGCGGUUUGCAGUAAAAGUGACCACCGCCAGCGUGAAGGAACGGAGAGAGAUCCUCAGUGAGCUGGCAAAAUGCAUUUCUGGGAAAGAUCUUCCAGAGGGUGCAGUGAAAGGCCUUUGCAAACUCUUCUGCCUAACUCUGCACCGAUACCGCGAUGCAGCGUCCCGCAGAGCCCUGCAGCUGGCGCUUCAGCAGCUCGCGGAAUCCCAGCCCGAUGCAACAGCAAAAAACCUGCUGCAGUCACUUCAGUCUUCAGGGAUCGGUGGCAAGGCUGGAGUUCCCAGUAAGAGCAGUGGAUCUGCAGCUCUGCUAGCGCUCUCCUGGACAUGCCUGCUUGUACGCACAGUCUUUCCAACACCUGACAAGAGACAGGGAGAAACAUGGAAAAAACUGGUGGAGGUUCAGUGUUUGCUCCUUUUGGAAGUCCUGGGAGGCUCUCACAAGCAGGCGAUAGAUGGAGCCGUGAAGAAAUUGAACAAGCUUUGGAAAGAGAACCAAGACCUGGUGGAUCAGUACCUCUCUCUCAUUCUUGGUCUUGAACCAAACCAGAGUUACGCUGCGAUGCUGGGACUUGUGGUGCAAUUUUGCACAACUCGGAAGGAGAUUGACACUAUUAAAAGAUACAAGAGUCCUCUUCUGGAUUUCUACUUGAAGACCAUUCUGAUGAGCAAGACAAAGCCUCAGAAGCAUGUGCUGGACAGCUGUUGCCCACUUCUUCGAUACAUGUCUCAUGCUGAAUUCAAGGAUUUGGUUUUGCCAACUCUGCAGAAAUCUCUUCUACGGAGUCCUGAGAAUGUAAUUGAAACAAUCUCUUGCUUGCUCGUAUCUGUGAACCUGGAUCUCAGCCAGUACGCUCUAGAUAUUGUGAAAGGACUGGCCAGUCAUCUGAAAUCCAACAGCGUGCAGCUGAUGGAUGAAGCAGUUGUGGCAUUAAAGAACUUGGCUCGACAGUGUAGUGAUCCUUCGGCUGUGGAGUCUCUGGGCAAACACCUUUUUGCCAUCUUAGGGGGCUCAGAAGGGAAGCUGACGGUUGUUGCUCAGAAGAUGAGUGUCCUUUCAGGGAUUGGCAGCCUUAGUCACCAUGUGGUUUCUGGAUCCUCUAGCCAAGCUCUGACUGGAACCGUGGCUGAGCUUUUCAUCCCUUUCCUGCAACAAGAAGUCCACGAAGGCACGCUGGUUCAUGCAGUCUCUGUGCUGGCUCUGUGGUGCGUUCGGCUCACCACCGAAGUUCCUAAGAAGCUGGUGGAGUGGCUGAAGAAGGCCUCCAGCCUUAAAACCUCUACUUCGGCUGUCAGACAUGCCUACCUGCAGUGCAUGCUGGCCUCUUUCAAAGGCGACACGUUAUUACAGGGAAUGGACUUGCUGCCAUUGCUGAUCCAGACAGUAGAAAAAGCAGCAUCUCAAAGUACUCAGGUUCCCCUGGUAACUGAGGGGGUUGCUGCAGCCUUGUUGAUCUGCAGGAUGUCUGUAAUUGAGGGACAAACAGAGUCUAAGCUGAGUGGUUUCUGGCAGCUGAUUCUGGAUGAGAAAAAACAAAUUUUUACAUCUGAGAAAUUCUUGCAGUCUGCAUCAGAGGAAGCGAUGUGUACAGUGCUGCAACUGACCGAGCGCCUUCUCUUGGAUCAUGCACAACGACUGCCUGAAAGUAAAGUUCAGCAGUAUCACCGUGCCCUUGUUGCAGUACUGCUCAGUCGGACCUGGCACGUUCGCAGACAGGCCCAUCAAACUGUUAAGAAGCUCCUGUCCGCUCUGGGAGGGUACAAGCUGGCCUAUGGGCUCUUGGAGGAGCUGAAAGUGGUUCUCAGUUCUCAUAAGGUUCUGCCUCCUGAGGUCCUGGUGAUGGAGUCAGGAGAGCUGUCGGAGCUGGGAAAAACCUACAUUCCUCCCCGUGUCCUUCACGAGGCGCUCUGUGUCAUCUCAAGCGUGGCAGCGCUCGAUGUGGAUUCCUUUGAGCCAGAAAAGCUGGCGCUGGAGAUGUUGCUGAUGAGCCAUCAUCCAUCUGUAGUGGCAGUGCAGCCAGGUCUUUGGCCAGCCCUCCUCAUCAAGAUGAAGAUAGAUCCCAAAGACUUUAUUAACAAACACCUGAGCGACAUAUUACCCAGGAUCACUGCCUACUCUCCAGAGAAUCAGUCAUCUAUGAAUGCAGUGGGAUCUCUCUCUCAGCUUUCACCUGGUAGAGUGCUCCCACAGCUCAUCAGCACUAUCUCGGCAUCAAUGGAGAAUCCAGCUCUGUGCCAGGUUACGCGAGAGGAAUUUGCCAUCCUGAAGACACCAGAGGGAGAACUGUAUGACAAAUCUAUAAUACGGAGUGCUCAACAGGAUAGUAUGAAAAAGACUAACAUGAAGAGGGAGAACAAGGCUUAUUCCUUCAAGGAACAAAUAAUUGAACUGGAGCUGAAAGAGGAAAUAAAGAAGAAGAAAGGAAUAAAGGAUGAGGUGCAGCUCACUAGCAAGCAGAAGGAGCUGAUGCAUGCACAGCUGGAAAGGGAGUCUCAGAUAAGGAAGCGUCUGAAGGAGCUUGAUAAUGAGCUGGAAACAGCUCUAGGACUCCUGGACACUGUUAUAAAGAGAAAGCCUCCUGGUCUAACUCAGUACAUCCCUGGUCUCAUCGGUUCCUUCCUGCCACUUUUUCGAUCACCUUUGGCUGCUCCAAGGAUUAAGGAACCUUUUCUUUCCUUAGCUUCCUGUGUCAUGCCUGCUCGACUGAAAACCUUCGGUACUUUAGUGAGCCACGUGACCUUGCGCCUGAUGAAACCAGAAUGUGAGUUAGAUGAAUCCUGGUGUCAAGAAGAGCUCCCUACUGCUCUGAACAGAGUGGUUAGCUUGCUGCAUGCCCACACCAUUCCCAGCCGAACAGGCAAGGGAGAGCCAGCUGCUGCCCCAUUAUCAGCUCCAGCGUUUUCCUUAGUCUUUCCUCUCCUAAAGACUGUUAUGACUGACACCCCUCAAGAUAGUGAAGACAAGGAGGAGUUUCUGGUCAAGAUUCUGCAGAUCCUGACGGUCCAUGCUCAGCUGAGAUCCUCGGCAAAUGGCCAGGCUUUGCUGGUGGAUGAGAAUGGCCCAGAGUUGCUGCCCCGGAGGGACAUGCUGGUUCUGCUGACGCAGGUGGUGGGAACAGGUUCUCCACGGCUACAGGUUUUGGCUUCUGAUGCACUGACCAUCCUGUGCGCAAGCAGCAGUGGGGAGGACGGCUGUGCCUAUGCGGAACAGGAGGAGAUCGAUGUGUUGCUUCAGGCCCUGCAGUCUCCAUGCAUGAAUGUCCGAGAUGCAGCUCUCAGGGGACUGAUGGAGCUGCAAAUGGUUCUACCAACCCCAGAUAGUGAUGAAAAGAACGGACUGAAUCUGUUGCGUCGCCUUUGGGUAGUAAGGUUUGAUGUGGAAGACGGGAUUCAGAGGCUGGCAGAGAGGUUAUGGGAGUCCAUGGGUCUGGAGCUGCAGCCUGACCUCUGCUCUCUGCUCAUCAAAGACGUCAUCUACCAUGAAGAGGCAGUGCGGCAAGCAGGAGCUGAAGCUCUUUCCAGAGCUGUAGCUCAGUAUCGAAACCAAGCGGCAGAGGUCAUGAAUAAACUUACAGAGAUUUACCAGGAGAAGCUUUAUAGGCCACCUCCAGUUUUGGAUGCUUUGGGACGAGUAAUAUCUGAAUCACCACCUGACCAGUGGGAAGCAAGGAGCGGCAUAGCUUUGGCUCUCAACAAGCUCUCACAGCAUCUGGACAGUUCUCAGGUGAAGCCCCUCUUCCAGUUUUUUGUACCGGAUGCUCUGAAUGAUCGCAAUCCUGAAGUCAGGAAGUGCAUGUUAGAUGCGGCUCUUUCAACCCUCAACACUCACGGCAAAGACAAUGUUAACUCUCUCUUGCCAGUGUUUGAAGAAUUCCUGAAAAAUGCUCCUAAUGAUGCCAGUUACGAUGCCGUCAGGCAAAGCGUGGUCAUUCUGAUGGGUUCACUGGCAAAACAUCUGGACAAGAGUGACCCUAAAGUGAAACCAAUUGUUGGCAAACUGAUAGCAGCCUUGUCCACACCAUCUCAGCAGGUUCAAGAGUCAGUGGCAAGCUGUUUACCACCUCUGGUGCCUGCAAUUAAGGAGGAUGCAGGAGGAAUGAUACAGAAGCUAAUGCAGCUGCUUUUAGAGUCUGAUAAGUAUGCUGAGCGUAAAGGUGCGGCUUACGGGCUGGCAGGUCUGGUGAAAGGCCUUGGCAUCCUUUCUCUGAAGCAGCAGGAGAUGAUGACCACACUGACCGAUGCUAUCCAGGACAAGAAGAACUUCCGUCGGCGUGAGGGUGCUCUGUUUGCUUUCGAGAUGCUCUGCAGCAUGCUUGGAAAGCUCUUUGAGCCCUAUGUGGUUCAUGUGCUGCCUCACUUGCUGCUUUGUUUUGGAGAUGGGAACCAGUACGUACGAGAGGCUGCAGAUGACUGUGCCAAAGCUGUGAUGAGCAACUUGAGUACUCAUGGAGUGAAGCUGGUUUUGCCAUCACUUCUUGCAGCACUGGAAGAGGAAUCUUGGAGAACUAAAGCUGGAUCAGUGGAACUGCUGGGGGCCAUGGCGUACUGUGCUCCCAAACAGCUUUCCUCUUGCUUACCCAAUAUUGUGCCCAAACUUACUGAGGUGCUCACGGAUUCUCACGUGAAGGUGCAGAACGCAGGCCAGCAAGCUCUCAGGCAGAUUGGGUCUGUCAUCAGGAAUCCCGAGAUCCUGGCAAUCGCUCCAGUUCUGUUGGAUGCUCUCACUGACCCUUCCAGGAAGACCCAGAAGUGUCUACAGACUCUGCUAGAUACCAAAUUUGUCCAUUUCAUUGAUGCUCCGUCCUUAGCACUGAUCAUGCCAAUUGUUCAGAGAGCUUUUCAAGAUCGUUCCACGGACACCAGGAAAAUGGCAGCCCAGAUCAUUGGAAACAUGUACUCCCUGACUGAUCAGAAGGAUCUGGCUCCUUACCUACCCAGCGUGACUCCUGGACUGAAGGCAUCUCUGUUGGAUCCCGUACCUGAAGUGCGUACCGUGUCUGCAAAGGCACUGGGAGCCAUGGUCAAGGGAAUGGGAGAGUCGUGUUUCGAGGAUUUGUUGCCAUGGCUGAUGGAGACACUGACAUAUGAGCAGAGCUCAGUGGACCGAUCUGGUGCUGCUCAAGGUCUGGCUGAAGUUAUGGCUGGUUUGGGGGUAGAAAAGCUGGAGAAACUUAUGCCAGAGAUUGUAGCUACUGCCAGUAAAGUGGAUAUUGCUCCGCAUGUACGAGAUGGUUAUAUCAUGAUGUUCAACUACCUGCCAAUUACCUUUGGAGACAAGUUCACUCCCUAUGUUGGUCCCAUCAUUCCUUGUAUCCUUAAGGCCCUGGCAGACGAGAACGAGUUUGUGCGGGACACUGCCCUGCGCGCGGGCCAGAGAAUCAUCAGUAUGUAUGCCGAGACUGCCAUUGCCCUUCUCCUGCCCCAGCUUGAGGAUGGCCUCUUUGAUGACUUGUGGAGGAUAAGGUUUAGCUCAGUUCAGCUCCUUGGAGAUCUUCUGUUCCAUAUCUCAGGAGUCACUGGAAAAAUGACCACAGAAACCGCCUCAGAAGAUGACAAUUUUGGAACAGCCCAGUCAAACAAGGCUAUUAUUAAUGCUCUUGGUGUGGAGAGGAGGAACAGGGUGCUGGCAGGGCUGUACAUGGGCCGCUCUGACACCCAGCUGGUGGUGCGUCAAGCCUCCCUACAUGUCUGGAAGAUUGUAGUCUCAAACACUCCUCGCACGCUGCGUGAAAUUUUGCCAACCCUCUUUGGGCUUCUGCUGAAAUUCUUGGCCAGUACUUGCGCAGAUAAGCGAACGGUUGCAGCACGGACAUUAGGAGACCUUGUCCGAAAGUUAGGAGAGAAGAUCCUUCCUGAAAUCAUUCCUAUUCUGGAAGAUGGACUGAGGUCAGACAAGAGUGAUGAGAGGCAAGGAGUCUGCAUUGGCCUGAGCGAGAUAAUGAAAUCUACCAGCAGGGACGCGGUACUGCUUUUCUCUGAGUCCCUAGUUCCUACAGUGAGAAAAGCACUCUGUGACCCUCUGGAAGAAGUCCGAGAGGCUGCAGCUAAAACAUUUGAACAGUUGCACUCAACAAUUGGACAUCAGGCUCUUGAAGAUAUCCUGCCGUUUUUGCUGAAGCAGCUGGUAAGCACUGCUCAACAUCCAUCAGUUAGGGCUGUAAAGAGCGGGGUGGUGCUGCCGUAUUUGGUGCCAAAGCUGACUACUCCCCCUGUGAACACCCGUGUGCUAGCGUUCCUCUCAUCGGUGGCAGGGGACGCUCUGACACGGCACUUGAGUGUCAUCCUGCCUGCUAUGAUGUCUGCGCUCAAAGAGAAGCUGGGGACCAGCGAAGAACAACUGGAGAUGGCAAACUGCCAGUCUGUAAUCCUGUCUGUGGAAGAUGAUGCUGGACAAAGAAUUAUAACUGAAGAUUUAUUAGAAGCUACGCGGAGCCCUGAACUGGGAAUGAGACAGGCAGCAGCUGUCAUUCUGAAUAUCUACUGCUCCAAGACAAAAGCAGACUAUACUGGUCAUCUCAAGAGCUUGGUUUCAGGCUUGAUACGCCUAUUUAAUGAUACCAACCCUGUAGUUCUGAAUGAAAGCUGGGAUGCGCUUAAUUCCAUCACCAAGAAAUUAGAUGCUGGGAACCAGCUUGCUCUCAUUGAGGACCUGCACAAGGAUAUCCGGAUUGUGGGGAACGAGGCGAAAGGCGAGCAUGUGCCAGGAUUCUGUAUUCCUAAGAAGGGAGUGACUUCCAUACUCCUGGUGCUGCGGGAAGGUGUGUUAACUGGUAAUCCAGAGCAGAAAGAGGAGGCAGCAAAGGCCUUAGGACUGGUUAUUAAGCUCACUUCUGCUGAAGCUCUUAAACCAUCUGUGGUGAGCAUUACUGGGCCCCUCAUUCGGAUCUUGGGAGAUCGGUUCAGCUGGAAUGUCAAGGUGGCUCUGCUUGAAACAUUAAGCCUUCUUUUAGCUAAGGUUGAGAUUGCCCUGAAACCAUUUUUGCCCCAGCUGCAAACAACCUUUACCAAAGCUCUGCAAGACUCAAACCGUGCUGUUCGCCUUAAAGCUGCCGAUGCUCUUGGUAAACUCAUCAUCAUCCAUGUAAAAGUGGAUCCCCUCUUUACGGAGCUACUGAAUGGAAUCCGUUCCAGCGAUGACUCUGCCAUCAGGGACACAAUGCUGCAAGCUCUGCGGUUUGUAACACGAGGAGCUGGUGCAAAAGUAGAUGCUGCCAUUAGGAAGAAUAUCAGCACGGUGCUUCUGGGGAUGCUGGGACAUGAUGAGGAUGCCACCCGCAUGGCCUCAGCUGGCUGCCUGGCUGAACUGUGUGCGUUUCUAUCAGAAGAGGAGCUCGGUACUGUUCUCCACCAGCACUUACUGGCAGAUGUCUCUGGCAUCGACUGGAUGGUGAGACACGGACGAAGCCUGGCUCUCUCUGUGGCUGUAAAUGUUGCUCCGAGCAGGCUGUGUUCCCCCAAAUACUACAGCAGCGUUCAGGAGAUGAUCCUCAGCAACGCCACUGCUGACAGGAUUCCCAUUGCAGUUAGUGGCAUCAGAGGGAUGGGCUUUCUUAUGAAAUACCACAUGGAAGGAGGAGGGAACCUGCCUCCAAAACUUUCCAGCCUCUUCAUUAAGUGUCUUCAGAACUCAUCCAGCGACAUAAAGUUAGUUGCAGAAAAGAUGAUCUGGUGGGCAAAUAAAAACCAUCUUCCCUCACUGGAUCCUCAGACAAUUAAACCAAUUCUCAAAGCACUCCUGGACAACACAAAGGACAAAAACACCAGCGUAAGAGCCUACAGUGACCAAGCUAUUGUCAAUCUUCUGAAGAUGCGAGUGGGUGACGAAGUGCUUGAGUCAGUUUCCAAGAUUCUAGAUGCUGCCAGCUUGGAGCUUCUCAAUGAGAGCUGCAGGAGAUCUCUGAAGAAGCUGGCUAGCCAGGCUGACUCAGAGGAACAGAUAGACGACACUAUACUGACGUGAUAAUAAAACUCCAGAAGACAAGAAAACACUGAACCAACCGCUGCAUCAGCAUUUCAACUCAAACCACCUAUUUUAAAUGUUUUCAUUUUUGAAAAUGUUAAUUCUGAUGGGAUUUCAUGAAAAGGACUCCCAGAGAGUAUUUUAGUAUCAAGUAUACCAGAAUAGCCUUAAUUAGACCCACAAUAGCUGAAAAUUGAAAAUUUGGUCCCCUUUUUGAAACAGGUACUGUGCAAGAAACAGACUUACUAAUCAGUACUGGUGAAUCGUGGCCAAUUGUGAGAUGUGGCUAGAGCACAUCAGGCUUAAACUCCUGUGACACCUAUUUCCUUUCCAGGGUCUGUGCAAAAACUCCAGUGGUGGAAGUACUGGUGGUCUUUUCCACGCACCCUGGGAAGCAGAAAUGGGACUCGGUGAAAGUUAAAGCGUAUUGUUUUUGUGUACUGCUAACUUGCUGCUUGUGACGGUUCUGAAGACUGAAACUCCCUGUAAAACGAAGUAUUUAAAAUAGCCUUAGAAAUCACAAACGCGAAAGGGGGAUUAAAUGCAGUCUGUUUAAAGAAGGAACAUUUAAUAAAGGCUCUGACUUUGAUCCUUCUGGUGUAAA